AUGAGCACAGUCAGCGGACGUUCUUUCCUCAUGCGCACAGAACGACGAGGAGGGCAAGAGGAAGACGACGGUCAAUCUCGUCGCGCUGCACCGAACCGGGCGUUGAUGUCGGCUCGUCCCGACGAGCUACGGCGCCACCCUAAGAACAAAAAGCGUUCUCUGAUAGAUUACGAGACUGCGCCUCAUGGUCCACUAUGUGAUGCUGAGGCGUUGAUAAUCAGGAACAAACAUUGGGCUACCGAUAGAGCUACAGGCUGCUUCAAAGAGCCCCUACGAAACCAGUGGCAUUCGACAAAGUUGGUGCACUUCGGCAACAUAUAUCGGUACGGCAUUUCAUCUGACCGUUCAAAAUACCAAUGCCAUCUAGGCCAAGCAGGACUGAUAGGCACUACAUCUCUUAACACGCGUAACUGUAGUAGCCACACACGUGAGGACAAAAUGACCUCAGAGACAACGGCGAUCUAUGCCCAUCGCUGUCCCGAUCUUCAGGCAAAGCUUCCAUUUCUUAGCUCUGCCCAAGCAAAUAGACUAGAAGACUUUUUCACUCGGGAUAAAAAUCCUCAGAUCGCCGACGUCGUUAUCAUAGCAGCGGAACUCGGAUUACCGGUGCAGGCAGUCAGGAUUUGGUUCGACAAUCGUCUUUCGCAAUGGAGGGAAUCGCAAGGUCUAGCUUCGAACUGGAAACUACUUAAUCAUUGAUAAUAAUACUAGUAGUAGUCGCCAAUCAGAUCAACAGAUUGGUGGGAAGUCACUGAUCUCUCCUUAUAAUAUGGGAAUAAGCCUCACAUUUGUCCUUCAUGUUUAAUUAACAAUGAAUGUAAAUAUCUAUAUUGUAAAGUAUCGCAAAAACAAAAUCAAAGUUAGUAAAUGCCACAUGUCUCAUGGCGUGCCCUAUUGCAUGUUAAUACGUGACAAGCUUUCCUCAGGCAUCUAAUAGAAAACCACUCAAAAACAUACAAAGGUAUGUUCCUAUUUUAGCUAACAAACGAUUUUUACCACAAACAGCGUACGAACUUUUUACGGCUACGUGCAAACGACGGCAAGUGCAAAUAGAGCUACUUAGGACCUCGAAAAUAUAAGUACACUGAUCACAGAUACGAAUGUUACACAGGAGAAAACAUUAAACCAAGUUAGCUCUAUGAGAAUGCUGUCUAUCCAUGGCCUGAGAGUCAGAUCAUAUCUGAUUACAUUACUAACAGGUAACAGGUGUUAACAGGAGCGUAUUUUAGUGAUUAGUGAUAUGGAAGAUGCAUGGCAAAAUAUGGGUAUGUCGUUGUUUUGGCAGUUCAGUAGGUAAACAAUGAUCGGAGUAACCAUUUAAUGAUUGCCUCAUCCAAAUGUGACAGAUCUAGUAAAAAUCAACGGACGCCGCAUCAGAGCGGUGGGUUAAGCUAUGCACGAUCACUUCUCUUUUUUUGUUUUAAAUAACUGACGCAUUACACGAUUUCGUAAUUCAUUCGAGUUAGUUUUCACGAGAGAUGGCAGUAAAAUCUUCCCCCGUGGGUCUCGAAGUGUAUACGAGCGAAACUUCAGAUAGUGUAUUUCGCAGGAUUAGGUUUUAUGAUUGUAAAAAUUUUGAUAAGCUACAUGUUAUUAUGCGUUCUAUAGGACAACACGUUUAUUCAUGUACGGCUUUACCGCAUAACUGUAAACGGUAUCCUAAAGUUAAGCUUGUAAAGAAGAUCAAUGUGAUCCCGACGUACUACUAUAGGCCACAUUCAGACAUUCAUUGAGAUAUGGUAAUAGCUAACAUGAAGCAAAAAAGAUUAAUGAUCAAUACAAUAGGAUAUAACAAGCAUGAGAUGGCAAGAGAUCGGAGACGAAGAGCAGAGAAAUAAAUGAUCCCGAAGACAUUCAGUAACGUUACGGAGAUUUAUGGAAUACUAUUCAAUUGGCGUAUAUGAUGCGCAAAAAUGAUUACGGUAAUUGACUGUCGAAAAGAUGAUUACUUACGUUUAAAUCGUCCAGAUUCUUUUCGCGAACAAGACAUCCUUCGCUUCAUCUUCACACACGCAGAAUGAAGACUACAUGAGGAGUUAUAUCGACAGCAUGUACAAAGGUGACUUUUGUGACAAUUACCAGAUAACUUUUUGCUCUCUCUGCUGUUUAAGCAAGGACAUGUACUAAAGUUACUAUCGGGUUGAGAUAAGUAAAUAUGCCCAUCAGUAUUGGCCCAGUAACAGCAUUAGUAUGAGAAAAAAAAAAAAAACUUACCACAAUAGCACCGGUUACGGAAGCUAUUGGUUUUUAUCGUUUCGUAUGGUCAGCAACGAUUGUAAACGACAAAUUCUACAUACAUAGCUAUCCUUUGCUAAUCACAACAUUGUCUAGGCUUUGAUAUAGUACCUUAGGCAUCCGUGUAUAUCUGAUUGGCUUUAGUGUUGUAUUUAACUCAUGUCAUAAUUAGCUAUGAAAGGUAGUUUUUCAUCAUCAUCAUCAUAGCGGUCGAAUUAAAUCGUCGCGGAAAAAAUUACCGUAGAAAUUAGUUGUGGAUUGGCACUUCAACACUAUUGCCGUAACACAUGUGUCAGAGGUAACACGCUUUGUAUUGAAGAACUUUUUGCGUGAUGUGGCAACUAUGUUAGGCACAAUGGUAAGCUGGAGUGAGGAAAUGUUUCCCACUGAGGAAAAAUAGGCUUUACAUAGCCAGGUUUGCCUACAUUCUAAGGCUCAAAUCAUUAAUAAUAUACACUGACGACAAGUCGCUUCUACAUAGGUGCGCAUCGAAAACAUACGAAGCUAGUGCAGGCCACACGAAAUUACUUCCGUUCACGAAGAUUCUGUAUACUCACUAUAUGGUAUAAUGGUGGACAGAACCAAAGUAACAAUUUUGAUUCGUCGCAGCGAAUUUACCUAAUGUAGAAAAGACCAUCCACACUCUGGUAAGAACAAAACGAAACGAUAUGUUUCUUCAAGUACUAAUAACAUUUGCAAUAAACAAGACUCUUGCUUAAAUCCGCUACAACUAGGACAAAUUAAUCGCGUCUAUUCGGAACAUAAGGAAUGGCUAGAAUCGACCGAGAGUAAAGUUUGUUUUUCUACUAGUGAUCGUUCUCCUGUUUACCAGGCCCAAUUUCCGAUCAGAAGCGGUACUUUGUAUGGCUCCUUAGGGAAUGUGCAACCAUUACAAUGUAGCCUGCUUUGGAUACAUUAAUACAUUCUAUUAUCAAGGAGCUUUCUGAAAUUUUACUGUGACCAGUUUUUGACAACAAGCUGCUAUUGUCAUCACCAUUUUGAACAUCGUCUCGAUUCAAAAA